CCAAGAAAUAGGCAAUGUGUUAUGAAAGAGGUUGGGGUCUCUCCCUGGAAGCCAGAAGACUACUGCAAGAAAUGUGGCAAUAACCAAUUCCCCUCAAUAUGCUUCAUCACAACAAUACACAGUUCCACCCCUCUUCCUUCCUUCUGAUGGGAAUUCCAGGACUUGAAGAUGCACAUAUCUGGAUUGGCUUCCCCUUCUUCGCAGUGUAUCUGACAGCCCUCCUGGGGAACAUCACUAUCCUGUUUGUGAUCCAGACUGAAAGCAGCCUCCACCAGCCCAUGUUUUACUUCCUGGCCAUGCUGGCUGGCACUGAUCUGGGUCUAUCCACAGCCACCAUCCCCAAGAUGCUGGGCAUUUUCUGGUUCAAUCUCAGGGAGAUUGUAUUUGGUGCCUGCAUCACACAGAUGUACACCAUCCAUGUAUGCACUGGCCUGGAGUCUGUGGUGCUGACAGUCAUGGCCGUAGACCGCUAUGUUGCCAUCUGCGACCCCCUAAGAUAUAGCAUGAUCCUCACCAACAAGGCGAUAGCGAUUCUGGGCGUAGUUAUCAUUGUCAGGACUUUGGUCUUUGUGACUCCAUUCAUAUUCCUCAUCCUAAGGUUGCCUUUCUGUGGUGUCCGGAUUAUCCCCCAUACCUAUUGUGAACACAUGGGCUUGGCAAAGUUAGCUUGUGCCAGUAUUAAGGUCAAUGUUAUCUAUGGUUUGAUUGCUUUCUCAGUGGGAUACAUUGAUCUUUCUGUGAUUGGAUUUUCCUAUGUCCAAAUCCUCCAAGCAGUCUUCCAACUCCCAUCCUGGGAUGCUCGGCUUAAGGCACUCAGUACCUGUGACUCCCAUGUCUGUGUCAUAUUGGCCUUCUACCUGCCAGCUCUCUUCUCCUUCAUGACACAUCGCUUUGGACACAACAUCCCUCAUUACAUCCACAUCCUUCUGGCCAAUUUGUAUGUGGUUGUUCCCCCUGCCCUAAACCCUGUUAUCUAUGGGGUCAGGACAAAACAGAUAAGAGAGCGUGUAUUAAGGAUGCUUAACCCUAAAAGUCAAUGAUGUUUAUGUAAGAGAUCUCCCACAAUAAUUCAGUAAGACAAUAAUGAGAUCGAACAGAAGUAAGUACUGAAAACUGUUUUACUAGACACUGUCAUCAUGUCCACAUAAGCCAAUCACAUCACAUUUCCCCCAAAGAGAAAGGGAAAAAAGUGACCCAGAACAAUAAACUCAGACAUAUCUUAUUAAAUCUAUAAAAUAAAAUGAAUUGUCAUUGCUUCAAGGACAAAAGAACAAGUUAAUUAUUAGGGUAAGAAAGUUAGAUUGACAUUUUAACUUUCAAGAGUACAAGGCAACUGUGGGAUAGCAUUUUCAGAAAACUCAAGGGAAUUUGUGUGAGCCAAUGAUUUCGUAUCCAACUGCUUGUUAUCAAAACUUAAAGUUAGAGAAAAGCAGUUUUAAAUAUUCAUGAAUGGAGGGAACAUUAUUUGUUUAUUUUUUUUCCUGUUGAAUGUCCUAGAAGAUGAACUUCAUUCAACCAGAAGAUGAUUUAGGAAAUUUUGGUAAAAGGGCUGGUACAAAAAAGAAAAAAAAAUUGCCAUCAAGUCGAUUCCAACUCAGAGUGACCUCAUAGGAUGUAGUAGAACUGCCCUAUAGGGUUUCCAAGGAGUGGCUGGUGAAUUUCCAAGGAGCACCUGAGCGCUUACCACUAUACCACCAGGGCUCCAAAAUGACUGAUAGUGAACAUUAACUACAUUUAAUUGUGGAUUUAUAACAAAAACAAGGGUGGAAUCAUCGACGGAAGGAUGGUAUAUAAAUGUUACAUGUUUUGAUGAAAUAGAAAUUAUACAACUAAAAAUGGAAGGGGAGAGAGAGAGAAAAGGAUAUAAGAAUAUGAUCAUGACUGUUGCUGAAAUAGUUUGUGAGGACCGAAGGAUACCAUUUUCAUCUAUCAAACAAAAGAGUAAAUAGUUUGGUUAAGAAAAAAAAAAAAA